GAAGUCGGAGAGCGCAGACUCGAGCGCUCUGUGGUUCCUCGUGACGUCAGCAGGAGCGUCUCGCAUCUGUCAGAGGAACCCGAGGAACCCGAGGAACCGGACGCUCACAGCAUGUCGAGUUCUCUGGUCGUGUGCGAGGUGGACGGCGCUCUGCAGGAGAAGCUGAAGAAGUUCCGCUUUCGUAAAGAAACCAACAACGCAGCCAUCUUGAUGAAGAUCGACAUGCAGAAGCAGCUGGUGGUGCUGGAGGAGGAGUACGAGGACAUCUCUCUGGAUCAACUCAGAGAAGAGCUUCCGGAGCGCCAGCCUCGAUAUAUAGUGUACAGUUACAAGCUGAGCCAUGCAGAUGGACGCGUGUCAUAUCCGCUCUGCUUCAUCUUCUCCAGUCCCGUGGGCUGUAAACCGGAGCAGCAGAUGAUGUACGCCGGCAGCAAGAACCGACUGGUGCAGUCCGCCGAUCUGACCAAGAUCUUUGAGGUUCGUAACCCAGACGACCUGACCGAGGACUGGCUGAAGGAGAAGCUGGCUUUUUUUCGCUGAGCAUCAUGAAAUCAUUGAGAAGUUUCUGUCAGAACUGAUCUCUGUUUUAAGUGUUUCUUCAUGUAUUCUGUAAGACGUCUGUGUGUCUGGUUUGUGAAUCACCAUCAUAAAUCAUCUGAAUCUCA